GAAAUGCCCCCAAAUUUAAUUUCAGAGAGAUCAACGAAUGGAAGAAGCAUCGCCUUCUUCCUCAAACCCCCGUCGACAACGACGACGACAACAGCAACAGGAGAAAGAAGAGGAGGAGGAGGAAGAAGAAGAAGAAGAAGGGAAAGCGAAGGAGGCAUCGGACUACGAGCAGCAGAGGCUCGCAAGAAUCAGAGAGAACAGAGCGAGGCUCGAAGCCCUAGGCCUCCCAAACCUCGCUUCCUCCCUCCUCCUCUCCUCGUCGAAGCAGCGAGGGCAAACUCAAAACAAGGGAAAGCAGAAGCAGAAGAGGAACGGCAAGGAAGAUGAGGAUGAAUACAGGCCGUCGGAUGAAGACGACGACGACGACGAUGGGGGGAGUUGCUCUUCCAGUGAGGAGGAAGAAGAAGGAGAGCAGAGAAAGGUUUAUUUGGGAAAGGAAAAAGUCUCCUUAAAAACAUCAAGCAUUAAGAAACGUGCAUCUGUAAAAAGAAAGCAAGAUGAUGCUGACCAAGUUGAUGAUGGUGAUGCAGCUUUACACCAGGUAUGUAUGUAUAUGGCUUAUGAAACUCCUGCACUUGCUCUUUUUCCUCUAUGCGUAAGACUUUUAGAAUUUUGGAGUGCUCUACUUGACUGCAACCCACUUGCAGGCAGCAUUACACAGGACUCAACCGAAGCAUUUCAUGUUGUUUCUUCAAGUUCUGACAGAACUGAAGCUGGUGCUAAUGUGCGUUCGAAAAAAGAUAAAGCAAAUAUGCAAGGCCCUGCUGGUAGAAAGAAGAGUAGACAAAUGAAUAAGAGCAGAGUUCAACUAACUGAGGAUGAAAUGGUCGCAUAUUUCUUUACGAUUGAUGAGACUGGGAAAGGGUAUAUCUCAUUGCGCGAUCUACAGAGACUGGUGUUCGCUCACGAUUUUAACUGGACGGAAACAGAGAUUGCCACUAUGAUACAUUCCUUUGACAGUGACAGAGAUGGAAAGUUAAAUUUGGAAGAUUUUCGGGCCAUUGUAUGUCGAUGCAACAUGAUGCAAGACACUGGAAACAGCUGACAUGCGUUUUAAAGUCAUCCUGAGCAAAAUUUUGAGAAAAGUCUUUUGCAGUAUUUAGCUUCAGCUUGCAGUUGCCCUUGCGUAAUAAAUUACCUGCAAGUGUAUAUCUGACGAAAUUACAAUCCAUGAGAGAAAAUUACGAUCGAUGGUGGAUGGUCAAUACAAAGUGUAAGGAUUUAAUGGUGGAGAGGAAGGAAGAGGGAGGAUUUACUUGUAAAAUGUUAGGUCUCUUUCUUUUUAUUCAUGGGAUUGGGAUUUUU